CCAGGAGCUUCCUGAAGCGUCCAGCAGAGCAGAACCCCUCAGUGCGUCUGAAUAACACGUUGUGUCUCUGCAGUUCCCAUGUGUUGGACUGAGUGUAGUUCAGAUCUGUUUGUGCAGCUUUUAUCUGAAACAUUUUUUUCUUCUUGUUUGUCUCCUUUGAAAUACCUUAUUAAGGGUUGGUUCUGUGUCCUUAACAAGUACGUUUGACAGAAAACAAAAUGGAGGCACUUUCUGAUCAGUUCCAGGAGUUUCACCCAAAGCAUGGCACUAAUAUCUUUCUAGACCAUUCGGGAACUCAGGCCACUCGAGUAGAAAGUUUUGCCAAUGGUGUUUGUUUCAGCAAAUACCCCCUGAAGCCUGGAGAGAUCUUUCUUAUUGAGAUUGAGGAGAAGGAGCUUGGCUGGUGUGGACAUCUACGGGUUGGUCUCACUGCAAAGGACCCAUCGAGCUUAGAGGUGGUCCCUGAAUACUCUAUUCCAGACCUGAUGGAGCUAGGGGACAGCUGGAUUUUUGCCAUCACCCGCAACCAUAAUAAGGUAAUAGAGGAAUCCGAGGUUCAAGCAGUUGGAGAAGCAGGCCUUGGUGCUGGACGGAGACUUGGGCACGGAGAUGAAGAAGAUGGAGUUCAGGGAGAUGAAGGUGGAGGGAGCAACAACAAAACAAAGACUUUCUUCACUGACACACACUUGUACAUUGACACCAUUCGAAUCCCCAAAGACAAACUUGUUGGCCGUAGCCGCCCCGGACGUUUUAGCCACAUCUUAGAUGAUCUUUAUAAGACAAACGCCCUGCCUCCCACUGCCAGACGUAGCAGGAUCGGAGUUCUGUAUGUCCCUAAAAGCAAAGACACAGCCGAUAUGCAUAUCGUGAUCAACGGAGAAGACAUGGGAGCUUCUGCAAAGGGAAUACCUUCUACCACACCUCUGUACGCAGUGGUGGACGUCUUCGCUGCUACCAAGUGUGUCCGGAUAGUCCAAGUGGAAUAUGGCUUCUCCUCCUUGCAGACGCUAUGCAGGAAGGCCAUUCAAAAGCAUAUUGUCCACCGGAUGGCUAUCGACUGGCUCCAGCUGCCUGAGGCUCUCAAGCAUUAUUGCAAGUAUGAAUGAAGUAUGUGGAUGUAGAGGAAAACAAGAACCCUCUGAGACCCUUCCAAUGUUUAACAGCCAUAUCAAACCUUUAUUAUACAAUUUCUCUAUCUGGAAUAAAGCAAGAUUUGAUCUGA